CCGACGACGCGUUCCCACCAACCCACCCCGUUCUGUUCCGUUCCGAACCGUUUCCCGCACCACCCCCUCCUUUUUGACACAGCACUGCCGUUCUUAUUAGAUUUUAUGGCGGCGCGACUUUGACUUAGAACAGCAGCAGCAGCAGGGGCAGCAGCGGCACGUAAGAACAACAACAACAAGCAGCAGCGGCCGCGCCUUUUGGACGUUCCGAUUUCGCUCGGUCCGUGCGCGCGUGCUCGUUCCUUAUGCCAUUUCGUUGCGUUCUCGCAGCGUUAGAAUCGUUCGGUCUCUGCCGCAGCCGACGUCGACGUCUCUGCCGCUGGCUGACUUAUUGGCUUUAAGCGAAUUUGAACGUCGCUCGGACUUUUAUUCAACGUGUUGGUUCCGUCGCGUAAGCAACUCUGCCACAAUCGAGCAGCAGCAUUUGCAGCGGAAACUGAAACCGAAACCGAAACACACACAAAAUUCACAAAAACACAAAAUUACAAGCUAAAAAAUUACAAAAAAAAAAAAAAAAAACACAAAACCGAUGAAUGUAAAACAAAAAACAUACAGAAUAUUCCCCAAAAAAACUCGCGAAAACCUAUAGAGUGUUAAAAAAAAUCACAAGUUCUGACCAUAUUAUACAAAUACCAAACAUAUUUUUUUGAAGUGUGAACCCACAAAGUGCUUUAAACCAACAACAACUACUACUACUAUUACUACUACUACCAAAAUGCCUUUAAACAGCGUCACGCUUUAGUGUCACAAGUGUAAGAAAGUCCCCACCCCUUUUUGCAAGACCAAUUUUUGAAACUGAAACAGGUGUCCGUCUGCCAGUCUGCCACUGGGAGCAGCAGUGUUGGUAAGCGGAGCAGCAUAACAGAGUGUUGCCAAGCGGAGCAGCAUAACAGUGUUAGCAAGCAACCAACGAAGCAAGGAAGCAGCAGCAGGUGGCCGAAAAGCAGAACAAACAGGUCCAGCAACAGCAGCAGCUUAGCUCGGAACCGGCGACUUGUGCAAUUAAUGGAUUCGCUACCGAUGUGAAGCGAGUUGCCGGCUGUUCAACGUUCAAAGCAACGCAUUCGCUCGGCCCUAGUGCUCCGGGCAACAACACAGACGACACGAGAGAGAUCGGUGAUCGGAUCAGAUCAAGGGGAGCACCAGGAAGGAAACGGAAACAGAAACAGAAACGGAAACGGAAACUGAAACUGAACUGAUGGAUUAUCGGCGUUACAUCUACAGAAGCAAAAGCAACAACUUUAGAAAGCAGAAAGCAAAAAGAGAAACUCUAGAAGGAAACUUGUGAUAAGUGUGCCUCCAGAACCCACGAUAUAUAGAUAUAUCUCCAAGGAUAUAUAGAAAGAUAAAUGAAGACUUGUUGAGCAGUCCAAAAGCAACCAAAAAAAAACCAACAAGUGCAACGUGUAGGCCUUUAACUGUGAUUUAAGCAUAAAAAAAAAGAAAGCAAGAAAGAAACAAGAAAGAAACCAUAUAUAUAAUAUAUAGAGAGAGAUACGUUUAGUUUUUGUUUAAUUAUUCUUUUUGUCUGCUCGAUAACCAAUCGAUAACCGAUCAUCGAUAGCCAUGUUCAACUCAAACAUACCGGCAGCCUCGCUGCUUAGCAUCGAUAGCAGCGGCCUAGGUGGCCUGGGCGCUCACACGCCCAAGACCCCGGAAAUCCUCAAUUCGCUUAUCGCCAUGACCAAUCCCCUAGAUAACUAUAGCUUCGGUUCGGCAGCAGCGGUGGCAGCCAUCUCUGCCUCGGCAGCUUCAUCAGCAGCCUCCUGCAGCAGUGCUGCCUCUACCCCAGUGGUAACAGUGCGUCACUUCAAUGGACAUCCCAAUGGACAGUUACACUCGCAGGACAGCAGUCAUUCCAGUUGCUCCGGCUCGCCAUUGGAUUCGCCAGCAGGCGGCACUGCCACCACGCCCAGCGUUCAACAGACCUGCUCUCGCUUGAUCAAGGAGGGCCUGAAGCUCUCCAUCCAGAGCAAACGCAAGCUCUCCACCUGCGACUCCAGCUCCGGUUCAGAGCAGCCGCACUCCAAGUGCUCGCGACGCAGCAGCAACCACAACGGGCACAGCGGCGGCAGUAGCAAUCAUUACAGCGGCAACAUGAGCAAUGCCAACGACGACGACCUGGAGGAGACCAGUGAUGAGGACAGCGAGACCAAGUCGCAGCCCAAGGGUCUAACGCCCGAGGAUGAAGAUCGCCGGAGACGGCGUCGCGAGCGCAACAAGAUUGCGGCCACCAAGUGCCGGAUGAAGAAGCGCGAACGUACACAGAAUUUGAUCAAGGAAUCCGAAGUUUUGGAUACCCAAAAUGUGGAGCUAAGGAAUCAAGUGCGCCUGCUAGAAACGGAACGUCGCAAGCUAAUGGAUAUGCUGCAAUCUCAUGGAUGCCUGCGCGCCGGCGGCUGUCAGCUGCCCACGCAUCUCACGCAGUCACCGGCCCACAAGUAUCUCGCCGAACUGGACUUGGAUGAUGCGGUGGUUUCCAGUGGAGGAGCCAACAACAACAAUAACAACAGCAGUAGUGGCAGCAACACCAGCAAUCAGCAGCGAGUUCAAAGCAUACCAUCAAUGGCCACCUUCAAGUUUGGCUCCAAAACGGCAGCGGCGAUGGCCCAACAACUGCCCACUGGCUAUUGCAAGCCCUCGCCCAGUGCCCAGGAGUUUGAGCAUGCAGGCUACCAGCAGCAUCAUCAACAGCAGCAUCAGCAGCAGCACAAUCAGCAACACUCUUUGAAUCCCGCCAGCAGCAACAUUGAUCAGCAGCACCAGCCAAAUCCCAGUCCCGGCCUCCUCUCCGACUAUGUGCCCAAUUGCGAUGGCCUGAGCAGCAACAACAACAAUCCGAGCAACAACACUAGCACCAGCAGCAGCAGCAACAGCAGCAGCAAUACCAGCAGCAACACCAGCAGCAACACUACGUCCACCAGCGCCAUUGAGUUUGUGAAAAACGAACUGGUGGAUUCGCAGAGUCCCUACACCACCGCCCUGAGUGCCGAGCGGUUCCUCUUCGAGCCAAGUGAUGGCUUUCCGGAUAUUAAGCAUGCAGUCAGUGUUUUGCCUUCGCCGUGCGGCAUCAAUGGCCUUAACAUGGCCAGUGUGGUGCCCACGAAUGUGGGCUCUAAUGGCGGCAAUCAUAAUGGCAGCAAUGGCAGCGGCAACACCAACACCACCAACAGCAAUAACAAUAAUAACAAUCAUCUGAUGGACUUCCAUCAGGGACUGCAGCAUGGCAAUGGUAUUGGUAUUGGCAUUGGUAAUGUGGGUGUUGGUGUGGGUGUAGGCAUGACAUCCUGUUACGAUGAGGAUCAUCAGCUGAUGCUCAUGAAGAGCGGUUGCUAUGCAUCGGAUCUGCUGUCGCAGCUGGUGGACGAUGGCGUUGCUGGGGAGUAUGUCGACUUGGACACAGCCACCGCGUUCAUGACCAACGGGGGUUGCCUGGCGUGAGGAAGGGCGCCGGACAGGGAGCGGGAUCGAGAAAGGGAACGGGAAGGGGAACGUGAACGGGAACGUGAACGUGAACGAGAUCGAGACCGUGACCUGAUGCUACCCGCCUUCGAGCAGUCCACCGGCCAUCAUCAGCAAGCCCAACACCAGCAUCAUCAUCAUCAGCAGCAGCAGCAGCAAUCACAGAAACCGCAGCAGGUGACUCAUCAACCGGAUCGAUAUCAGGGUCAGGCACAACACUCCAGCCCACAGUUGGACCAGCAACAGGUGGAGCUGGAGCUGGAAAUGGAGCUGCAGCUGGGCGAGGAGCAGGAUCCGGCCUGGGCCCAUGUUGACUAUUGGUGCUAAGGCCCACAACCUUAUCAUUAUCCAAAAAACAAACAAAAACGAAAAAAAAACAACAAUCUAAUCUUAAAAUUAACCGCCACUCAUCGACUAAGCAAAAAGCAAAAGCAGGAAAGCAGAAGAUCCCUCCAAGUCCCCUCCCAAGAAGUUCCCAACCCUCCAGAUAAUAAUUUCUUCCAAAAUCAUUUCAAGUUCUAUAAAACUUUUUAUAAAGUUUAGCACAUUUGCGACAAUCUUGGAUAUUUUAGAAUAUAUAUUUUUUUUAAUUUUUGUUACAAUUUAACUUUUCAAUUUAAAUUCCUUACAAAUCCAAGUUCUUCCAAUAGCUGAGUUUCCCCCCAGAUCCCAAGACCACUCGAAUAUCAUCCGCCGAACCCAAAACCCCAUCCCCUAUAUGUAUGUAUAUUCCUCCCUGAUCCCAAGUCCGCCUGGAGCGGCAUCCAGCCUGUGGCUUGACUACCUCAUGAAGCAAGAAGCAGUAACAAUUAACAAGUAACUAUCAUUAAAAAGUUUUAACGUUUAAAAAGAGAAGAGUAAGACGAGGAGAGCACACAAAAAAUAAGAAAAGAAAAGAAGUAGCACUUGCACAACUGUACAUAACCCAACUUUUUGAUACGAUAUCAUUUAUCGAUAACAUUCCAUUGCAAGCCUGCAUCGAGAAAGAGAAGAGAGAGGGAGAGAGAGCGCAGUGAUCAACUGCGUGCAGUCACAUCCGCAUCAGUAAUUAUUAAUUUUAAUUUGUUCAAUUAUUCUUUUCUAUGCGUAACGUAUUUUUGUUUGCUCUUUGCUCCACCCAACGAAGCCUUAAAAAUAAUGAUAACUACUACUAUAUAUGCUUAUGUGUGUAAAAAACAAAAAAAAAAAAACAAGAGAGAGAUUAGAGAGAGAGGAGUAUUUCAAGUUGAUAUAUGCGAUAUAUGAUGACGUUUGAUAUUUUUUCUCUAAAUCCUAGGCUUAGUCAGUGAUAAACCCGUAUAUAUAUACCAUAUAUACCUUAUAUAUAAACAAUACAUGUAUGAAUUUUUUGUUUUUUUUUUUCGUGUCCAUAAUUUGUAAGCUAUGUUUAAAUGAUAAGCGAAAAAAAAAUGUGUGAGCUGUUGCCUUAAUCAAAAAAUGAGAAAAAAAAAAAAACAAAUUUCAAUUGACAACUAAAACUAAAUUACUAAUCUACACUUUGUUAAUUCUUUUGCAAACAAAAAACUAAUCUACAUAUACAAGAACAACAAAUAAUUAAACAAUCUAUAUAUAUACAAGAUGGGAAAAGAGAGAAGAUAUAUUAUAUAUAUAUAUGUAUUUUCGGUGGAAUCGAAGACCUUAAAGUGCUGCUAAAAAAUUGAAACUUUGCAACUCCUUUCAACUUGCGCCUUAUUAUAGUUAAAAAACAGAAAGCAAAUAAAAUGAACAACUUUUGUAAUUUAUAUUAUAUAUGUAUACAAGUCGAAGAUUAUAUAUAUACUAAAAAGCAAAACUUAUAUAUAUAUUUGUGUGUGUCUAUUGCUUGAUCAACGAGUUGAAGCAGAGUUCAUUAAUAUAUAUAAAAACAUACUUAUACACGGAUAUAACAAUUAUAUAUAUACAAAAAAAAAACAUGUGUGUGUAUAAACAGCUGUGAACACCAAAAAGUGGCCUAAAAGAUCAUCCCCCAAAAAACAAAAGAAAUUCCCCUCACAACAAGUGCUUUGAAAAUUGUUUGUAAAAAUUGUAAUGGUAAUUGCCUCGAUUUGUACUAAAGAGUUAACCAACGAUAACGAUAAAUGAUAAUCGAUAAAUUAUAUCUAUGUUAAAUACGCAAAAACAAAAGAAAACCAACUAUUUGUAACAUAUAACUAAACCCGAAAACAGCUCUUGAAACCAACCCCCCCUCCCCUGAGCACCGCCUUUUUCUAGAUGUACCAAGUCUACCAUAAUGUAUCCCCCCCACCCACACACCCACGAAAAUGCCUGCCUAUUUGCCCCUGAAUAGGAAUGUUAAGCAUACAAGAAAACUCUGUGCAAAGUGCAUAUUUCUUUCCACUUGAGAUGGAAAUCUUUGAAAAUUAAAAUUGUAUUUGAGCCUUAAGCAUUAAGCAAAAGUUUACCUCACACACUCGCACACACACACACAACCCUGGAGAAUUUUAGAGCAGAAUGACUUCCAUUCGCCGACAAUUGAUAUUACGUUCAGCUUCCAAAUACAGAAAAAACUUACAAAAAUCACGAAAAAGAAAAACUUAAUCAAGUUUCAACCACUCAGGUCAGGCGAGUGAAGAAAGCUGCGCCCAGGGUUGCCACCACAUUCGAUGUUAAAUGUAAUUCGUAACUGUAAAUGUUAACUGUAAACCGUAAACUGUAAAAAAUGGCAAAAUGCAAUCAACUCCAUAUGUUAACAUGCAAAAGGAAAAAAAAAGAAACGAAGAAAAGCAAAGUACUCUCGCUUGUACAUUUUUUGUUUAAUAUUUGUAAUCGAUAAUUUCGCGAUUUGUUUUGUUUGUUUUCGAUUAAUAUUCUCUAAUAUAUAUAUAUAUAUACCUAUAUAAAUAUGGCCUAAAAAAACACACAAAAGAGUCGAGUUUGAGUUUCAAGUUUUUGGGAUUUCGUGGGCUUCUUCGCUUCUGGCUGCAGCUGUGCUGAAAGGCGAAGUUAUUAUAUUAUUAAUAGAGCAUCGUAGAAGUAGAACGUCAUUGGAAACUCCAUCUAUCCAUCCAUAACCAUCCAUUUGAUCAAACCAUUUCGCUGUCAUCCUUGCAGGACUCAUGGCGCAUCAGCAUUUUCCCUCCUUCCCCACAUUCUGGACGAUACAUUUUUGACUUUGGAACGACAGGACCUCCUACUGACCCUCAUCUUUAGCUUUUAGUUUUAGGCUACAACAUACAACACAAAGUUUGUUUCAACUUGAACAGAAAUGCGCUACAAAAGUACCUGGACAACGUAAUGUAACGAUUAACGAUUAACGAUCAACCGAUAAAUACCGAUAGAUCAGGGUUGCACAGAAAGAAACGAUCACUCAGCUGCAGGCAGAAGGAGAAACUGACCGCAAAAUCACAAAAUCACCUUUCGAGAGGCCCUUUAAUUUGUAUAGUUAUAUAGAGCCCUAUUAUAUAUCCAUGUAUAUUGCUAAAUUAAAUUAAAAGCUAUCGAUAAAGUUAAAGAUCUAUAUGUGUGUGUAUGUCCACGACCGCAAGAGCAAGCAGCAAACGAAACAAAACAAAGAAAACUCCCACAAACUGUGCUAAAAAAAAAACAAUUGUAAAAAAUAUUAAGAAAUGUGUCGAAUGUGUUGAGAGAGAGCGCACGAGUCCCAGAUGUUAUUUGUGUAAUUUUGACCAGAGCAAAACUAUACGGUAAAUAGAUCUAGCCGACUUGAAAGCCAAAAGCAAGCAAAAGGAACAACAAACAGCAAAAACCAAGUCCAAUCCAAUCUAUGUCCAAUUGUUAGUCGAUAUAUAUUGUUAACUCCACUCAUAAUCCCGCGACCCAUCAUCCCCUUAUCCAGUAGCCGCCGUAUCUUGUAUCCGUAUCUCUAACGCUCGCUGUAUCCGCCAUCCGUAUCUCUAACUGUCUCUGUAAACCAUCUCCGAUCCGACUACAACCGAUCACACUCUAAAAGAACUACAAUAAAAUUAAAGUUUAAUAUCCAAA